AUGUCAAUGGACACAAAUCUUGAUAUUGACCUCAACAUCAAUCCCGAGCAAAACCCGAGCAAAACUAUGAAUGUGGAGUUUGAAAAGGAAUCUGUGGGCGAAAGCAAGUCGUCAACGAAAGACGAGCCUGUUCAUUUUUUGAUCCAGCAGUUAAAUAGAAUGAAGUUUGAGAAUAAGAAGCUGAUAGAAUUGCUCAAUAUUCUCCAAGGAAAUUACAAUGAUUUGAUGCAAAAGUACUCAGGAGAUGAAGUACUCUUGAAAUCAAGAAAGAGAAAGGUCCACUGUACAGAAAAUUGUGAUAAUUUUGUUGAGAAGAAUGGAAUCACUUGUAGCUGUUGUCAUGAAGGGUCAAUUGGGACUCCAAAAGAAAGUGUGUCAAAUGUUUCGAAGGUUUAUGUACGCGUUGAUUCUUCUGAUAUGAGCCUAGUUGUAAAGGAUGGAUAUCAAUGGAGAAAAUAUGGACAAAAGGUUACUAGAGACAAUCCAUCUCCAAGAGCAUACUAUAAGUGCUCUUUGGCCCCAGCUUGCCCGGUCAAGAAGAAGGUGCAAAAAAGUGUUAAUGAUCCAUCAGUUUUAGUAGCCAUUUAUGAAGGCAAACACAACCACAAGAUUCCUUCUGAAGAUGAAAUUCCAAUAGAAUUAUCAAAGGGUGUAACUGAAAUUUCAUCCUCCAGCUCAAUCUCUAUAUCAAUGGUUGAUCAAAUGGCUUCUACUUUAACAAGAAAUCCAAGUUUCACAGCAGCACUAGCAGCAGCUAUUACAGGGAGGAUUUUAGAUCAUGAAAUUGAAGAAAAUUGA